CAUCCCCCCCUCUCUCACACAGAGACACAUCACUCUCUCCCGUCUCCAUCUUUGUCAGAAGGGGAGGCCAAGAAGGAAGUGGAGGAGGAGGGGGGAAGAGGGGCAAUGGAGCUGGACGAACAGGCGUUCUUGGAGGAGCUCUUCUCGCUGAGGAGGGACGCCACGGCCGCGUGGGAGUGCAAUGCCAUGGGGGACUUCUUCUCCCCGGCCUGCGGGGCCGGCGCCGCAGGCAUGGACUGCUUCCAGGAGCGGCACCAGCCCACCGUCAGCGUGCUGCCCACCUUCACCGCCUCCUUCGAGCAGCCGCACCCGCAGCAGCACGAGCAGCAUCAGCACGCGGCGGCGGUGGCUUCUGGGGGGUUCGACUGCCUCAGCGAGGUCUACGGCGGCGGCCCCUUCCCCAAUGCCGUCGCCGGCGGGUACGGCGAGAUGGGGUUCCUCGCCGCGAUGGACCCCAAGGCGGCCCUGGCGGCCGAGGGGACCGGCCUCGGCGCCUGCAAGGUGGAGCCCGGGCUGGCGGCGGCGGUGGACGGCGGCGCGUUCGGCCCGGGCCCGAUGGCGGCGCUGCCCCCGGGGCCGGCGUCGAGGAAGAAGCGGGUGGAGGGCAUGCCGUCCAAGAACCUGAUGGCGGAGCGCCGGCGCCGCAAGCGGCUCAACGACCGCCUCUCCAUGCUCCGCUCCGUGGUGCCCAAGAUCAGCAAGAUGGACAGGACGUCGAUCCUGGGGGACACCAUCGACUACAUGAAGGAGCUGCUGGAGAGGAUCCGGCGGCUGCAGGAGGAGAUGGAGGAGGCGUGUCCGCACCAGCAUCCCGGGCCGGCGGCGGCGGCGGCGGCGCCGCUGCUGAGCGUGUUCCGGGAGCUCAACCCCAACGAGAUGCUCGCCCGGAACACCCCCAAGUUCGAGGUGGAGCGCAAGGAGGAGGGCGACACCCGGGUGGAGGUCUACUGCGCGGCCAAGCCGGGGCUGCUGCUGUCGACGGUGGGCACGCUCGACACCCUCGGCCUCGACAUCCAGCAGUGCGUCGUCAGCUGCUUCAACGACUUCGCCAUGCACGCCUCCUGCUCCGAGAUGCAGAGGGAGAUGAUCAGCGCGGACGCCAUCAAGCAGGAGCUGUUCAAGAACGCCGGCUACGGGGGCGGCUGCUUGUGAGGAAGCACCAGCACCACCAUGAGUCCAUGACCGCCAUGACCAGCAGCAGCAGGCAGCAGGAGGAGGAGGAAGGAUAAUAAAGUAGAAGUAGAAGUAGGUGUAGCAGUGAGUAGAAUUAGCAGUUAG